GAGUGAAGCCAGGCGCGGGAUCUCGGCGGGAAAAUGGAGUCGGGCGCUCCUGAGGUCGCUGCCGUUCAGGAUGCGGAGGGUCCCGGAGGGAAAAUCGAGACCGAGGCCCAGGUUCAGCCGGCGGAAGUAGGCAUGGAGACCGAGACUCCGACCCGGGGCCCUGAUGGGAUGUACCCGAUGGCCGAGACCCAGGCACUGGAACAAGACCCGGAGCCCGAGGGCAGCGGACAGGGACAGGCAGACGAGGCCGGCAGCUCGAAACGCUUCGAACUGUUCUCGGUGGCGAUGGAGACGAUGGUGCAGAAAUUACUGGAAGCGGCCAGCUUCGAGAGGUUUGCACAGUGCUACAGUCCCGUUCACGAGAUUCUGCCGCAGUUCACGCACAGUGUGCACAAGCAGUUUGUCGCCCAGCUCCAGACCUCGAUCCAGGAAGAGAUUAAGCAGAUCUCAGAAGAUGGACUCUUUGAACGAGCCCUCCCUAAACUUGAUCAGCUGGAGAGAGAGGCUGAAGCGAGGACAGUGCCAGCUUGGCGCCCCACGGGGACCCCUGCUGAGGACCUGCGCGCCCACCUGGUGCCCUGCCAGCUGCAGCAGCGGCAAUACCUGCAGCUGAAGCUGCGGAAGGCACAAGAGGAGAACGCGGCGCUAACACGGGAUGUGCUGCAGGGCCGCAAGCGGCUGGAGAACCUGCGACAACUACGGGACGAUCGAUUACAGGACUGGCAGGAGUGCAACCGCAUCUGUCAGAAGUUCAAGCUGAGCUCGCCGUGAGGAGUGGGGAGCGCCUGGGCUGUGGACGCUUGGCUCUUGGGGAGUAGGGAGGUUCCUGCUUGCCUCCCUUCCUGGUGACUCCCGAGAGAGGUGUGAAACUUCUCUGCUUCUGAUCCUGUCAGCACCUGCAUAAGAGACUCGGGGGCAGGGGAGGGACGGAAGGGAAGUGUCUGUGUCUUACUCAGUGUUUUGUCCAUCAUUCUUUGAAGCCCCAACUUAGAGGCUGUGCUGCCCUUGGAGGGUAAAAUAUUAAUGUAGAAGGAAUUGACUCAUUAUUCAACCCAUGUCCUGGGAAUGACAAUUUGGACAGUAUAGAGGAAGCUUCACUCUGUGACUGACCCCAGGAGUGUGUGAUGGGACGGUGUGGAAGGAUCUUCACUCUCCUUUCAUGUUGAGACACAGAUUGCAAGUGCUGUGUAACUCUGGGACUUGUAGCUGCUUUAUGAAGUCUCGGGCAGUACUCCUCGUCCCUAAUCUGCAGGAGCUGGGAUGUGUGAAGUUGAUACUUGUGCACCCACUGCUCCCUGUUGUGUCCGUGAGGAGUUCGGUUAGACCCAGCCAUUAUGGCAGAAGGCAAGUUGGUCUGAUCUUAUUAACCAGCUUAGUGGCCUGAUGUCUCACCCCCUCUUCCCCCUGCUCCAGUGCUGGCUUUGGUGGUACCUGUGGGCAGAGUUUGCCCCUUGGAGAACACCCUCUUUACCGCCUUGUCACUGUCGGACAUCGAUCCAUGUGCAGGAGGGCUCACCAAGUCUGGCAGCUUGCACGUCCUGGCAAAGGGGAGGUGGGGGGAGGGGUUAAGGGAA